GAUCUGACACCGUUUCCAUUUUCUACAGACCUUCCAUCUUUAGUCGACCUUAGCGAAGAUCUCCAGUUUGUACUUCUUGUAAAUUCGUCUCUUUCUGGUCGACUUGGACUGUCCAUAUGCCUACUGCUUGUUCGAAGCAUGAUGCAUUACAUGUAACAGACAAGGGGACAACCUAUGCGAACUAGAUUCUAUAUAACAACUUGGUCUUACGUCCGGUCGUUACGGGCCUGAGUAAAUUAAGUGCAGGGUUAAUAAUUAAAGAACCGUUUCGGAUAAGAUACUUGAAAAACUUUAUUAUGCUGGAAAAAUAAAUAACCUAUGGCAACGUGUAUGAAGUAAGUUUGUGACGUAAUAAUCAUCCUGAUUUUAAUUCAUAAAAAAAUCCAAAUCUCCCUGUAAUUCAUAUAAAGUUGCCAGUUUUAAAAAAGACGGAAAACAAAACAAACAAAUUGUGACACACAUAAACACCUGCGAAGUUAUGUUAAUUGCUCAUAUAACAAUACAAUGUAAACCGACCCCAAUGUGUUUUAUAACACGUAUACGGAACUCCCAACACACUUUUAUAAAGCUCUUGUAUGGAUAUUACAUAUCAAUAUACAACAUCCAUAAACCUUUGUAUUUAGAAUGUACUACGUUUUCCCUUACCUAAAUACAGCAACUGCUAUAGGCUAAAUCACUGAGUACCUCUAUUUAUUAUAAGUUUAUAACACAUAACUGCAAACUAUUUACCAAAACCAAAGUACAGUCGUAAGAUGGUCUGCUAGUCGUCAUGCAUUAACCUAGACCUGUCAGGAAGAAAGAAAUCUGCAGUUUGAAUGCUUAAAGCGGUUGCGAAAUCUGGACCGUAAGGUGCAAGGAUUCGCCUGUCGUUUGAAUCGAUGCGGUCAGCCAAUAUAAUGGUCGGUCGGGAAUUCCUAUUGUUAUAAAACGCCUUUGUUCGCGAGGCAACAAACUAACUAACCCACAGCGGUUUGCGGCACUUGAAGAAGUUAUUUGUUGGGUUUGCACCUUUUGUGAUGAAACGCGAAAAGAAAGGAUGUUUUUUGUUAAGAUCCGAAAAAACUUGAGCUACACUGUUGCAAAUGAUAACUUUACGACCCAAAAUUGAACUCGUCUGAAUAAGCUAAAGAUAUGGAACCUCUACUUGAUAAAUUGUACAUAGAUAAUGUAUGGUUACAAACCCAUUCGAUUUGUAAUACACUGUCUGAACCUGAGACAUUAGGAUUAUCUAAAUAGCACUAAGUAAUAAGCCCUGUCGCCUAUGUAUAUAUAUCCUGUCCAUAGACCACAGUGAACUUACUUCAUCAAAGACACUCGGCUUGUUUUUGUUAUUUUAAGUAACUAUGGCGCCUUCGUAGCGGCGCCAUCAAAAAUACAACUCGUUGACCGCUAAGGAGCACUACAGUGACUACACUACACUACAUGGCCCUUUAAUAUGGUUCCACAUUGCUUUUCUUUGUUUACAUUCGAACUUUGUCUCGAAAACUACGUCAUCUCGUCAGAUUGGAUUACGAUGGCACGUGACAGUCCAAGUGGGCGGCAAUUGUGACGUCACAGAUCGAUUGUGACGAUUUCAAUCAGCGUAAUUGAAACGUCGAGAUUUGAAUUGUAAUUGAAAACAGGUACAAGUACCCACGUGUUUAUACCUUAGACACAAUAACAGAAGUCAACAUGGCCGACGGUGUUUCAUUCGUAUACCGUUAUAUAGUGGGUCGGGGUAAGAUGGGACAUAGGUUCGUUCUUUUUUAACGACCCAUUUUGUAUUUGACAGAAUGUUAACACUAAAUAACCGUAGCCCCGCGACUCUAAAAGAGCAUUGUUAAUUUUUUAUAAAUACGAUUAUGAAAUAUGGGAUUUCGAUGUUAAAGAUAUCUCGUCUUACCCCACAGUACUAUAUUUCACCUAACAAUGUUCUAUCUGCUUUAAUACGACUUUAUAUUCUAACUUAUCUUAAAAAUUAAAAUUCUAAAAUCACGACAAACAAAAAGUAGGCUAUAUACUUGUCUUCAAAAAAGUAGCCGAAAAAUAUAUUCGCAACAGGCACUGGUACCUACAUACCUCGCUUUAAAUAAUUCAAUAUGAGAAUAAGAAGUAUCGCCUUAUGUAGCAACUGGUUAAGUGAUGCACCCAUGGGAGAUAGGAGGAAAAAACAGGUGUCAGUUAGACGGUGCGUAAGAGGCCUGUCUGGACGGAACAAUCUAAGAUUACAUUUAAAGGCCUCUCCUGGAUUUUUCUCUUAACAAAAUUCCACAAGACUACAUAUAGUAGAAAGCCGGUGUAAGACGGGACAGGUUUUCAUUCUCUUUUCUCGGUCCAUUUGGUAGUAAACAAAGAAUAUUUACGCAAUAACAUAACCAUUUCACUACGACUUCAAUAUUAAAAAAACGUUGUUCAUUGUUUAUAAUAGGAAAUAUGAAGCUUAAGUGCUAACAGUAUCCCAUCUUACCCCACAUUACUAUAGAGAUAAGUUUAUUACUUAUUUAGUUGAAUAAAUUACUUUGUAACUUGUACUGACCUUUGUAACUUGCUUUUUUCUCAAUAUUAACUUCAAACCUGUGCAGUACCAACAUUUUGGUUUCACUAAAUAAAAAACACAUUGCUAAGCUAAGUCCUAUGCUAUCUGCACAUAUGGUUUACAGCUGACACGUAAAAUACGUUGCAGAAUACGCCCAUAGGUCACGUACAAACUGAACAGCAUUACAGCUUUACUACUUCACACAUAACGUGUCUUGGGGCGUAGACGGUGUAAGGCGAAAACUAACUUUUAAUAUUAAGCGCUAACCGCUCGACACGCCUGUUAAUCUCAAUGCAUUUAAACGACACGUUUUGUAUUGAAAAGGACUCGUGCACAACGUACUUCUAACAAAGGAAAAUAGCUUUUUAAUCCGGACAUCCUAUAUAGGAGGAAAACUAAGUAAUAAUUGACCUUUACUGACGGCAAUGACAUUUACUGUAGAAGUUAUAAUUACUUAUUCAACUCUCGGUUGGGCCUGGUAACGUACAAUGAUAUAAAACUCAACGUACAAUAAUAUGAAUUACAGAGAAUUCUAUACUUUAAUACAGUGUUCAUUCCCGAGUAUUGGAUACGCAUAGACCAUAGACCAUACGACCAUAAUCUAAGCCGGUGGUAAUCAAAAUACGUAAUGCCAAAAGACGUUCUUGAAACCUCUCUAGGAUUAAUUUGCGACAUAACAAUUUUUUAAACCUAUAAUUUUCAAAAAACUUAAAAAUCAUAUGUUAAAACUCGUUUAUAAAUUAUUGUUAAUUUAGCCACAAACUUUUUUAUAAGUUCACAGCAAACUGUAUAGUAUAACGUACAUAUACUUUAAAAACGUUAAACAAAAACUCGACAAAAUAAUUCUGCACGUCCUGUAUACUCAAGUGCGCCAUUAUGAAAUGUACAGCAAAACAAAUAUAAGCAAAUCGUUCUAUACCUUUGGGAACAUUCGAUUGCUGCAAACCUGUUCAAUCAAUGCACUUAUAGAAAUUACUGACCAUUAGUUAUGAAUCGAAAUAUGAACAACCACGGAGAUUAGAUGAACCCAUAAAUCCCAUUGAUUAUAGGGAUUUGUUUUACUAGUUCGCCAUAAUUACAAUACUGUGCCGCUUACCCGUACGACCUGUUAUUAUUUGAACGACGGACGAAAGUAAAUAUUGCCAAUACUGCAAUGUAAUUCGACUUUUUUGAAAUUAAAAUACAACAAUUUAACAUAUUGCCUAAUUUUAUUUUAAAAGUUAGAAAAGCAAUAAUUUGAAAUCCUGUAAUAGGUUGGGGUAAGAUGAUUCAUGUUUUUUUCUCUUUUAUCGUUUAAUUUGGUAGUAAACAAAAAAUAUUUACACAAUUAUAUAACCGUUUAUACUCACAACUCUAAACGAGCGUUGUAAAACCGAUUGAGAAAUAUUCUGUUGUAACGGUAUCCAUCUUACCCCACAGUACUAACAACAUUUCCAAUACAAACAAAAUUAAAACAUAAAUUUAUAACUAAUUCAACUAUCUGUCGGUGAAAAACAAAAACGACGGAUACAGUUUGAUACUUACAUUAAUUUUGAUUUGCACCUGUUAAACUAAAUAAUUACAACAAAAUACCGCUGUUCAUAAUUUAGCUUUACAAAUCAAACUAAAACAGGAUGCCUGUAUGACUGUCUAUGUAUCAUUACACCAUCAGAGUUUAAUCACAUAAACUUUAUAAUGACUGCUGGUAAACCGUCGUUAAUUAACUGGAUUUCCAAUUGUCUUUCAACAGAUGGAUUAAAAGCAAUAAAAAGAAGGGCCUUGGGCUAUAUGGGAUAAAUUAUUUAGUUACCGCGCUCACGGAGUCGAUGCUGUUCGUUCGGUAGACGCCUGUUAUCACAAAAUAAUUAAUUAUUCACGUAAUGAUGCGAUAGAAACUUGAAUUUGAUGUGAAGGCGUGCAAUUGGGAUUGUUAAUUAAGCGUGUGUGUCGUAUACAUGUAAAGGUUGUUGGAAUUAGAAUUGACGCGUAAAAUUUAAUCCAGACACAUUGCUGAUGUUAAGAUGGGAUAUUGUUUACACCCAAGUCUGAUAUUUCCUAAUCGUAUUUUGAACAAAUAACAGCGCUCUUUUAAAGUAGCAGAGCUACUGUUAUAUAAUUCUGUAAACAUUCUUUGUUUACUACCAAAUGGGACGAGAAAAUAAGAUGAAAUGGCGUCCCAUCUUCCCCCACUCUAGAAAAUAUGCAUACCAUCUCAGUAGCUUAAACUGUGAAUUUACUUUGGAGUUUUUACGGAAACGGUUUUUUAAUGAUCAUGUUUAGGAAUUCAAAUGAUCAGUUAAUAAAACAGUAGGUUCUUACUUCUUAGUAAUCAUUUUAACCUCAAUCAGUUGAAUACAGUACUCAGUAAUCUAAUUCCCAAGAGAACCUGGUUUAACUCCCGUGUUAAAACCGCAAGCGCCUUUGUGUAAAAGGCAAGUGGAUACAUAAUUUAACUUCCAGGCGCCGUUGGCAGCCAGUGGUCAAAACACAAAUCUAAAACCGGGAAGCUACCAAAAUUGCGCUCUGACUCAAAUGUGGGCAUUUUACAACCGCAGCGGGAGGUGACAACGAAUUGGUCGCGUCAAUACAAAGGUCGUUUGUGACCACAUAAUAACACACAACAGUCGUCUGAACGGUUUGUAUUCAUACUUCGCCAUCUGUCUUUAAUAAUCUACCAAAUCAAAUCCGCGUGUACGUGUAUAAGCGGUGCCAACGCGAAGAAUGUAUAAUAUAAAUAUAUAGUAAGAUAUUACUUGUUUUUAUUCUCUUUUCACACUUUAUUUGAUAGUGAACCAAGAAUAUUUACAUAAUUUAUAACUAAAGCACCUCGAUUCUAAAAGAGCGUUGUUAAUUGUUUAAAACAUGAUCAGAAAGUAUUAAUUUAUGUGGUAAUGGUAUCAAUUUUGUUUAUUGCGUGACAGAACAUAAUAAUUGUAAUCAUAAGUUUACAAAACAAAAAAAAGUAUACACCUGCACUUAUAUAGCACUUUUAUUGCAUUCAUAUGUCAAUAUGACUAAAGGCAACUGACUUUUAUGAUGCUAUGAAGAUAUAACACAGAAAACUAUAAAUCUAAAGCCCUGGUAUACUUAGCACUGCUUUCUUUUCUACGACCUUUACUAGAGAGUUGGGAAAUUUAAAUGCACAAAAAGACAAUGCAUUUGGUCCCCAUAUCAAUUAUUUAAACCUUUACCAGCUUUUUCAUCUGACACACUGCACUUUAUAGAAGCAGAAAAUCCAGUUAACCUGCUGUUAAUAACGAUGUAUGAUAAUUACAGUGAGUAUUUUAUGAUACAUUAGUGCAUAUAGCUGCAUUUACUGUGAUAUUUUGUACUGGUAUUUAUCAACAAAAGCAAAACAAUGGAAAACCUCAUACAGACUAUUGUUUGAAAUCUAAAAUAACAAACAGGUCUAAACAAUUGUAUUAUGAGAUACAUAGGGAACAGUCCAGCUGCUAUAUUUAAGGCAAAAAUUGGGUUCAGAACAGAUAUAUUGACCGGCAAUUAAGAAAAGUCAGAAUUACUAGACAGGAUACGAAUUAACUUUAGCUGCUAAUUAGUUUGCUUCUCUUUAUUGAUUUAAUAGUCAAGUACUUAACGGUAAACGUUCAAUGUGCAUAAUAUGGUUAGAAAGUUUAACAGGGCAAAUAUUUUAAGUUGUAUUCCCUACAGUAAUAUAUUUGAACUAGACUGUACUGAAACUCUGAAUAUAGUAGAACUAUAUAGCUGCUGUUAUAAACUGGACGAAGAAUACAGUUACUAUGAGUCAGGACCUGGAUACACACGAUUCUACACUUGUGUUGUCUCGCAGCAUUUUCAACGCAUUUGCACCUCACGCCGAAGUGGAAGGAAAGCAAGAAGACUGCUUACGUGGGUGGGAAACUUGUUCCGAUAUCCACACAGAUGAACUUGAAUCAAUUUGCGAUGGAGAAAAGGCUUAUUGCACUCUGCUUUUAAACGAUGCCACAAUCACUGAAUUCAAAUUACAAAACCCGGAUUUUGUUGGAAGACCAACUUCAGCUGCCGUCUCAGUUCAUAGAAUGCGGAAGAAACCAAUCGCUACAAGUCCAAGUUCAAUGUGUCUUCGAAAAACCAAGAGUUCACGUUGUAUUGCGAGCACACCGAACCUCAGUUCCAUCUCAUCACGUCGCACACCAGCUGACGGUAGCUUAACAGCGCCACCGAGCGGUAGAACAGGCAUGGGGAGCAAACGUAACCACCGAGCGCAAUCUGAUCCUUCUUUGCGAUACGUGUCCAAGUUUCCAAUGCUAUUUCAUGGACUUAAAGAUAUUUCUUACAAAUUCCAACACUUUCAACAUCAUCAACAGCACAUUGAAAGCUACAGGAGUUCUUACACUUAUAUAUUGAUCCGUAACUUCCGAGAGUUGCGUGCAAGUGGUCUCGCUGGUGUUAAACUACACGCUGCACUCAGACUCAAGUUAUGCAGCACCAGCAGCAAAAAGUAUACUGAGGAUAUAUGCAGGGGGUUGCUUCACACGCAUCGAGAUUGCCACCACCACGCCCCUAAAUGUUCAGCACCACCUAAAAAGACAGCAGUUACACCACCACCCGUAGUUUACUACAGUGAGAAUUGUCCAAUUGGUCCAGUGCUUUAUAAUCGAACUGGAAGUGGUAAAUCCACAUCGAGUAAAGGAAGCGACGUUUUACUUUCAACCGUGAACCCUUCAGCAAUAUGUGGGGGGUGCAUGAAUGUACCCAAGUCAACCAUGGAGGUAAAUAACCCGAUGGUUAUUAAGUCAAGUCAACAACGACCGUUUGGUGAACAGGAGACUGCUGGAUAUAAAGGUCACAAAGCUUUGGCGAAAAGUCCGAAACCGUGGAAACCUCAGAGUUCCGAGUUCACUGGUAAACGAAAAACAAACCAAUCAAAUCAAAUGUCGAUGGUUGUUGGGUCAAGUGCAUUCGGUGGAAGUAAACAAGGUGGAAUUCGUAAAAUGUCUCCUUUGGGAAGAGUCCCUGUUGCUAUAAGAAGAUCUUCACCAUCAAUAAGAGGGAAGAGAGAUCCAUCAGGAACAGCGGUGGAAGGAGUGAAAUACCUUUCAAUUGCUAUGGCAACACACACUGUAACGUCACCAUAUUAUCGUAGUAACGAAGGACAAGACGAUAGUGUUUCUAUGUUAUAAAGAUACCACAAUUUCUCAUGUUCUUAUUUAUUGUUUAUUUCAAGUUACUAAUUUCUUAUAUUUAUAUAAUAUUUUUUUAUUUUAAGCUGGUGGUAGCAUUUACAUUGCGUUAUAUUGCUAUUUUGUUGCUAAAAUAAAUUGAAUUUCUUUUUCAAA